CCUGCUUGCGUCAGAAGCACCUGGUGAGAGGUGAUUUCACCAUCGCCCAAGCACGGCUGCCUGGUACUCACUUGUCUUCGGGAGGCAGCCUCUAUAUCUAUCCAAGCAAAGCCGGGAUCCUGACACUCAGCCAUGAUAAGGAGAGGCUUCCAGAGGGUGGCAAGACUUGCCCACCACAAAGCUCUCCUGAGAACCCAUCUCCUGCCCAGACUCCACCAGGCCUCAGCAUUCGGAUCAUCCACAGACUCCCUGGUUGCAAGAUUCUGUCCAGAGAAAACAGAUUUAAAGGAUUAUGCCCUUCCCAACUCCAGCUGGUGUCCAGAUAUGCUGAACCUGUACCAAGAAUUUCUGGAAAAAACCAAGUCAGGCGGGUGGAUUAAAAUACCCUCCUUCAAGUCCAACAGAGAACAUAUUCAAGGGCUUAAGCUCCCAUUAGGGCUGGUAACUGACUCAGACAAACGGGACUGGCGCAUCUUUACCAGAUGUAUCCUGCUAGAAGGACAAGGCUAUGAAUAUGUCAUCUUUUUCCACCCAUCUGAGAAGAAGUCAGUCUGUCUCUUCCAGCCAGGCCCCUACCUGGAGGGGCCACCAGGGUUUGCCCAUGGAGGGUCUUUGGCAGCCAUGAUGGAUGAGACAUUUUCUAAAACUGCUUAUCUGGCUGGAGAAGGACUAUUCACACUAAGUCUCAACAUCAGAUUUAAAAACUUGAUCCCCGUGGGCUCUCUGGCUGUUCUGGACAUUCAAGUAGAAAAGAUUGAAGACCAGAAGCUAUACAUGUCCUGCAUCGCCCAGAGCAGAGACAAGCAGACAGUCUAUGCCAAGUCCUCUGGUGUUUUCCUUCAGCUGCAGCUGGAGGAAAAGCCAUCCCAGUAGCAAUGACUACGCCUUCAGCAAAGUCAAUGGUGAGGACUGGCCUGCCUGGAACUUCCACAUAACAGGGUCCCCGAGAAUCAGAUGGCAGAUGCAGAAGAAGGCACUUUUAGCAUCCCGUAAUCAGCCCAAAACCUUCUAUAGUUGGAAUCAAAAUUGUCAGCGGGUCAGAGAUGGCUCAGCAGUUAAGAACUCUGGCUGCUCUUUGACUGCCAGCACCAACAUGGUGACUCACAACCAUCUGUAUCUCCUGUCUCAGGGGAUCUGAUGUCCUCGUCUGGCCUCCUUAGAGUACCAGGCAUACGUAUGGUACUUUACAUGCAGACCAAGCACUCAUACACAUAAAAUAAUUAAUUUUUUAAAGUUUUUUUGUCAAAUUGAUUUUUCAAUCUUCCAGUGCACCUCCUCCCCCCACCAGCACCAACAGAGGACCCGGAACUCCUGCCAAGUGCCAGGCACUAAAUGAGGAGUCUGGUCUGCUGCAUUGCAAGACAGGGUCACUGACCUGGAGAUGCAGCCCAGAGCACCAUAUCAGGAUUAUCUCACCUUCCCCUGGCUCCCUUCAGAAGAUACAAAUGUACUUCUGCUCCUCCUUCUGUAACUAUGAGGUCACCUGGAUAGGGGCGGUCUUCAGGAUAUGUGAUCUAGAGCAGCUUCGCUACCUAGACAUCAAAUUGCUAAUGAUGUGAUGUCUCAGUGUUAGAGCAAUUGACUGUUUGAGUUGUCCUUUGUAUCAUGUUAAUAAAAUCUUUUGUUACCUUCUCCCCACCCCCAUUUACAUUGGGUAUAAAAGCUAUGGAAAAAUAAACGAAGGCAAUUUUCAGUUAUCACUGGAAUGCCCUCCCUUCUAUG